GACGGUAUUCAAAUUUCAAUUCAAAAUUUGCCAAAGCACAACGAAGAGAUGUUGGCCUUGAAGUUGGCUGUGGAAAAAGCUGAAAACAUGGCUCAGCAGGCAAAGAAGUUGGCAGAGAAGGAUGUCACCCUGGGCAUGGAAUCUCAGAGGAUCCUGGCAAGCACCGUGGGUGACAUGGACGCCGACAUUCGUGCAGAUAUGAGGCGUCAAAUGGCAAAGGUUCAGUCCGAUAUGAUGCUGGAGAUGAACAAGCGCCUAGAGGACACCCAGCAAAUAAGAGAACUCGAGGUUAGCCAGCGUGGAAUCACUAACAUCGACUCGCUGGAAUCCUUGGAGAAGAAACUGAAGAAGUUGGAAGAUGCGAAUUUGGAGUUGCGACUUGCAAAGUUGGAGGGAGUUGCCCAACGAGCAGCAAACUACAGCGAUGCAGGUGAUGCUACCCUCUUCACCACGUCUCGGCGUCCCUUGGGC